AUGUCGAGUCCUAGAGCGUCGACGGCCUCUACGGUCCAGGACUGCUGGGACUGCAUGCUGCCGGGCCCACCCAGCCGCAACAACUUCGGAUCCGUCGACCUCAGCCCAUCGGGCCUCCUCGCAUUUCCCUCCGGCAGCUCCAUUUCCGUCCUCGACGCUCGCUCAAUGCAGCUCAUCGUCACCCUCCCUAUGCCCCCUCCCACCCAAGCAUCCUCCUCCACGUCAUCUCUCUCCCCGUUCGUCACCUCCGUCCGGUGGACCCCUCUCCCUCUCCGCCGCGACCUCCUCUCCACCGAGCCCUCCAGCUCCCACCUCCUGCUUGCCGCCGGUGACCGCCAGGGCCGCAUCGCCCUGCUCGACCUCCGCCUCAAGUCCCCAGUCCUCUGGUUCGACUCCGACUCCUCCUCGUCCAAACUCGCCAUCCAGGACCUCGCCUGGGUCCAGGCCCGACCCGACUCCUACCUCCUCGCCUCCAUCUCCGGACUCUCCUCUCUCUCCCUCUACAACAGCUCCACCGGCCGAUGCUUCUGGAGAUACGAUGCCGCACCUGAGAUUCUCUCCUGCAUUCGUCGCGAUCCCUUCGAUUCGCGCCAUUUCUGCGUCAUUGGACUCAAAGGCUUUCUGCUCUCGGUCACCGUGUUGGGCGAGACAGAAGACGACGUCGUUAUUAAGGAGCUUCAGAUUCGGCCCGACUGCUCCGAGUUGCUGAAGCUGGAGAGAGACUUGGCCGGUGGAGUCGCCGGGAACUCGUCGUCAGCGUCCGCGGCUUUCCCGCUUUACGCUGCGAGGCUCGCCUUCUCACCGCAAUGGAGGCACAUUCUGUUCGUGACGUUCCCGAGGGAGCUGGUGGUGUUCGAUUUGCAGUACGAAGCGCCCCUAUUUUCGGCUACAUUACCUCGCGGCUGCGGCAAGUUUCUGGAUGUGUUACCCGAUCCCAAUCACGAGUACCUCUAUUGCGCUCAUCUUGAUGGCAAGCUCAGUACUUGGCGCCGAAAAGAACGAGAACAGGUGCACAUAAUGUGUUCAAUGGAAGAGUUGAUUCCCUCGAUUGGCACAUCUGUCCCUUCUCCUUUGUUGCUUGCUCUCGUCAUCUCCCAAUCAGAUUCGACCUUCCAAAACGUCAGCAAGCUUUACUCUGAUGUACCUCAUUCUCCUUUCCCUGAUGUGGAUUUUGAUAAUCCUUUUGAUUUUUGUGAUGAACCUCUUCUUGUUUCUAAAACACAUUUGAUCUCCAUUUCUGAUGAUGGGAAAAUAUGGGACUGGCUCUUGACUGCUGAAGGGGCUGAAGAUAAUCCAAAGGAUGAUACAAACUUGGAUAUCAGUGAAGUCCCAGUUCCUGGGACCAAUACCAACAUUCUAGUUUCUGCUACUGGAGGACUUGACAUGGAAGCAAGUAAACAAACAGGUAGAAGCCGACCUUCAAAUUCUGCUGUAAGCCAUACGGAUAUAUCACUUAAGAUUAGCUUAGUUGGACAGCUUCAGCUUCUUUCUUCAGCAGUGACUAUGCUAGCUGUACCUUCGCCUUCUUCAACAGCUACUUUGGGCCGCGGGGGAAACUAUCCUGUUGUAGCCGUUCCAUUAGUUGCUUUGGGAACUCAAAGUGGGACAAUUGAUGUGGUUGAUGUUUCUGCCAAUGCUGUUGCUGCAAGCUUUUCUGUUCAUAAUGGUACUGUUAGGGGAUUACGAUGGCUUGGAAAUUCUAGACUAGUUUCAUUUUCAUAUAGUCAGGUGAGUGAAAAAUCUGGAGGUUUCAUCAACAGGCUCAUUGUAACCUGUGUUAGGAGUGGCCUUAAUAGACCAUUUCGGGUUUUGCAAAAGCCUGAACGUGCACCAAUAAGAGCUUUGAGGGCCUCUUCCUCUGGAAGGUACCUUCUUAUUUUGCUUCGUGAUGCACCAGUAGAGGUUUGGGCAAUGACAAAGACUCCUAUUAUGCUUAGAUCAUUAGCUCUUCCUUUUACGGUUUUGGAAUGGACCCUCCCAACGGUUCCAAGACCUGUUCAAAAUGGACCUGCUAAGCAAUCAUCAUCAUCCUCCAACGAUCAGACAUCUGUGGCAUCAGAUGGGACAUCCUCUCCAACAAAGUUAUCAUCUGAUUCCAAGAGCUCAGAUGGAUCCCAAGAUGACACUUCUGAAAGCUUUGCAUUUGCACUGGCAAAUGGUGCUCUUGGUGUUUUUGAGGUUCAUGGGCGGAGGAUUCGUGACUUCAGACCAAAAUGGCCUUCCUCUUCAUUUGUCUCAUCUGAUGGACUAAUUACUGCCAUGGCCUACCGGUUACCUCAUGUAGUUAUGGGGGACAGGUCAGGAAAUAUUCGCUGGUGGGAUGUAACCACUGGACAUUCUUCUUCAUUUAACACUCAUAGAGAGGGUAUCCGGCGAAUUAAGUUCUCACCUGUUGUGCCUGGAGACCGCAGUAGGGGGCGUGUUGCUGUACUAUUUUAUGACAAUACAUUUUCCGUAUUUGACCUUGAUUCUCCAGACCCAUUGGCCAAUUCACUUUUACAGCCUCAGUUUCCUGGAACCCUUGUGUUGGAACUUGAUUGGUUGCCUUUGCGAACUGACAAAAACGACCCCCUGUUAUUGUGCAUAGCUGGAGCUGAUAGUAGCUUUCGCCUUGUCGAGAUUAAUAUAAUUGACAAAAAACUUGGGUAUACCCACCAGCCCAGAUCUAUAAAAGAGAGGUUCCGUCCGAUGCCCUUAUGUUCUCCUAUACUGCUUCCAAUACCACAUGCCCUGGCGUUGCGGGUGAUCUUACAAUUAGGUGUCAAGCCCUCUUGGUUUAAUACUAGCAGUACAACUUUAGAUAAGAGGCCUCACCUAAUUCCAGGAACUCCUAAGUCCAAUGAGGAUCUUCGCAGUUACAUGAUCGAUUUACCACCUGUUGGUGACCCUGUGGUACCAGAAUUGCUGCUUAAAGUCUUAGAACCUUAUCGUAAAGAAGGCUGCAUACUGGAUGAUGAGAGGGCAAAAUUAUAUGCAAAGGUGGUGACCAACGGUUGUUCUGUGAGAUUUGCUUUUGCGGCUGCAAUUUUUGGAGAACCCUCAGAAGCCCUUUUCUGGCUGCAACUGCCUCGUGCUCUUAACCAUUUGAUGAAUAAGUUAGUAAACAAGUCUCCACAAAAAGCUCCUGUGUCAGCAUCAGUUCCAGAGCUUGAUGAUGCAUCUAUGCUUAGUAGGAUAACAUCAAAAGGAAAGUCAGUGUCUGGAACAGAAAAGAAAGAUGCAAUGAACCAAGGUCAGCUCAGGUUAAUGGCUUUUGAACAAGAAGACUUGUGGGCAAAUGCUAGUGAACGUAUCCCUUGGCAUGAGAAGCUGGAGGGAGAAGAGGCUAUUCAAAAUCGUGUACAUGAGCUUGUCUCGGUUGGGAACUUAGAAGCUGCAGUUAGUUUAUUGCUUUCCACCCCUCCUGAGAGCAAUUACUUCUCUGCAAAUGCUUUACGUGCUGUUGCUCUUUCUUCUGCUGUGUCAAAGUCUCUCCUUGAACUUGCAGUUAAGGUGGUUGCAGCCAACAUGGUCAGGACUGACAGGUCAUUAUCUGGGACUCAUCUUCUUUGUGCUGUAGGAAGGUAUCAAGAAGCUUGUUCUCAGCUACAAGAUGCUGGGUGUUGGACAGAUGCUGCAACUUUAGCUGCUGCACAUUUAAAAGGAUCUGACUAUGCAAGGGUGUUACUAAGAUGGGCUUCGCAUGUCCUUCACGCUGAACACAACAUAUGGAGGGCUCUGAUUUUGUAUGUUGCAGCUGGUGCGCUGCAAGAGGCAUUGGCAGCACUUCGUGAGGCUCAACAACCGGACACAGCAGCUAUGUUCAUCCUUGCUUGCCGAGAAAUUCAUGCCAACUUCAUCUCUGAUUUAGGGAAGUCAGAUGAUGAAUCUAGUUCUUCAAUCAAGGACAAGCUGCUUCACUUGCCUGGGUUGGGCCCUGAGAAUGAAGAUGUUGUUGCAGUCAGUGAAUAUUAUGGGCAAUACCAAAGAAAAUUGGUGCAUCUGUGCAUGGAUUCGCAACCAUUCUCUGAAUGA